AUGAAUCCUCGGAUCGAAAAACUUUGCAUACCUCGUUAUCAGCGUGAUCCGAUUUGGAAGUUCUGGCAGUCAAAUGCUAGAUUAGAGAAAAUUCAUCCACCUGUAUUUUGGAAAUCACUUGAUCAUCACACACAACGAAAAUCUCAUGUUACACAAUCGACUAAAAUCGAUUGUAAAUAUCCAUGUGAAAAUGGAUGUCACUACACAACAUUAACCUACAAAUAUCCUCCGGAGAGACUUUUCAAUGAAAAAGGAUUUCGCAUCUUUAUUGAUUUCGAACAUUUUGGAUUAGGACAUACAACUUGGAAAGAAUCAAUCAAACGAGAACAUCGAUGGAAUAGGAAAAAAAAGCAAUCACUAAACACAAAAAUCGCUCGAGUGAAUGUCACUAGUAGAAGUCAAUCGCUGGAUGAAGAAUAUUUACGACGACAGGAGCUUACACGAUACGUACGAUCGCAUGCUGAGAAAGAAGAUUUGUUUCGAUUAGAUAGAACACCGUAUCCUAAUCGACCGAUUCCAAUGUCACGUCGACCACAGGAUGCUCUUCAUAUCGAUUUUCAUCAAGCAGCUUGCUUCGAAGGAUCAAAAGUCGAAGCUACAUUCAAAACCUUCUUUCACCGGAAGUAUCUCUUGAAACAACAUCUCCGUGAACAUAUAUUGAAAGAUUUUAUCAAAACAGCAUUGAAUACUGAACUAAAGAUCGAAAUUAUUGGCCAUUUUAUUCUACAUCCAAAUGAACUAUCAAAACAUGAGAUUAAAAUGUUCGAUUUAACAUCAACCUUUGGCGAUCUUUAUGAAGGUCAUGUCAUUCGAAUCAAUAAUGAUAAGUUGAUUUUACUACUAGCGUCGGUACACCAUUCGCAUGUCAAAUUUGCACAAGUGGAUACAGAUCCACCAGACAACACGGUUCACACUAGCCAACGAUCAACACUUGAGCAAAUUGUUCUUGAACAUGUUCACGAAUAUUUUCAAACACAUCACGAUUCUUCAAUCGAUGAAAUACGCCGUGUACAGAUCGAAUUAGAAUCAUUAACCGACAAACAUCGCGUGAUUGUUCAUUUACUAACCGAUGAUGAAAAUCUUGAAGAUCUAACAUUCGAAAUCACACAAGAGCAAGAGCCAAGACUUUUCGAUGCUGACUUCCAACAAGAACUUUACUUUUUACAAGGAAUUAACGAAAGACAUAUUCUUCACUCUGUUCAACAUAAACUCGAAGAACUUUUCGCGAAACGAUACUCUCCACAGCAUCAUGAUACAUAUUCACAACUGGCAUCGAACAUGGAACGUGAUACUAUUGAUAGCCUACGGAAAAUGUUUCAUGCAUAUGUCAACAAUUUCUUCUCUGCUUACUCACGAGAAGAAUCUAUGCGAAUUGCGAUUCAAUAUCAUUUUGAUGACCUGUUGGAUAAACUGGAUGCCAAUGGCAGUCAAUCAAUCAGCAGUGAACAGAUGCAAACUAUAAUGGAUGAUAUACGAAUACGUUUGCGUCUUCAAAUAGACCAUCGUCUGAAGGCUGAAGAAACAGCUAAAAUUCUUCUGAUUGGACCACCGAUGAAGAAAGACACUCAUUCUCUAGUAAAAGAAGUCAUGAUACACGAUCAUCAUCGAGAGAUUUUCAUUGCUCGGUCUAAUUCUCAUACUGGUCCGAUUAAAUUGAAAGAUACUCAUCGUCAUGAGAGUGGUGUUAUCGUUCAUGAAGAAAUUGACGGUGGACCGAGCAGUUUCGAUCGAUUACCAAUGAGUACCGAUUCGUUGACAAUUGUCACACGACGACAACAACGAAAACAUCUAGUUGAUGCGCAGCAAGACAGUAGCAUGAUUCUACUUGGCAACAGUUCACAUAGUAAAAUCUCACCAAAAGAAAACCAAGCACAUCCGUCGUUCCCCGUCGCAUGCAAUCAAGAACAAAGAAAAAAGAAGUUGACAUCACAUGAUUUUGAAACAGACAAUCAUAGUUUGGAAACAUUGGAUACAGCUUCAAUAAACACAAAAAGCUACAACACAUCAGCACAAGCCGAAAAAAUGUAUCAACAAAGAAUAAAACGAAGAGCAUCUCGAUCACCCGCUGAAUACGGUAAACACAAAGUAAAACGGAAAAGACAUUCACGUUAUCAACGUACACCAAAAGCCUCAACGAACAUCGGAAAUAUGAGAUGUUCGUUUUUGAAGAACCUAUUCUUAUUACGUGACAAGAGUAAUCAUCAACAGUUGCCACCGUCAGCUGAUACCAAUUUUAAUGCAAUCAAGAAAUAUUCGAUCGCUGACUCAACUGAACGUUUACUGAGUAAGAACUGGUUUAUUUUCGAAACGUCAGUGCUAGAAAUCAAUAUCGGAUGGAAUUCUUCAUCACCGAUAUUUGAUCUCAUUAUACAAAAGAUUGUGUUCGGGUUUAUUAUACUUUUCUAUCGUCUAGUGAGUAACAAACUUAUCUAUGAUGAACUGCCGAUGAUUUCUUCGAUAAACGAAGAAGGUCCUAUUGAUCAUAAAAUCAACGAUAAGUACAGUGAAUAUAAUAAACUCGAGGAAAGUGAAGCAUCAAUAGAGGAAAUAGACAUUCAAAAUGAAGGAUUUCAAGACAAAGAAGAUUUCGAUGACGACGACUUCGAAGACAGUGAACAGUAUUAUGAUGGUGAAGAUUAUCUAUCUUCACUCUAUGGUUCAUUAUCGUCCGUAAUGACGCAAGUGCAUAGAAUGUAUGAAUCGAAGCCGGCUCAGCUUAUAGCAUCAUUAGAUUUAGCUCACAGUUUCAUUAACUUUCUUCAUAUGAAAAAAGAUCGUGCCCAUGAAGUUGCUUCAGCAAUUAUCAAUGCUCGUCAGCAUUUACUUCGCAAUCCACAACAAUACACAACAGCAUCGAAUACUAUGAACUAUGAAGAUGAUGUUUCGGUUGCUGAUGACAGAUCAAUUAGUUCUGGAGUGAUAUCCAUUGAAAAUAGCGACAUAACGUUGAGUGAAGAGGACAGUACUGUAAACGAUGAUGAUGAUAUAUUUACUUCCGACAACAGAAGCAGAAAUUUACACAAUUCUAACUCUCAAUGUAUAAUGAAUCGUAUAUCUACCUAUCUAUCAAACGUUGAUUGGAGAAUAUUCAAUUAUAUUACGAAAACAUUUCUACAAAAUGGUACACCAAUUACUAGUCAUGCUUUAGAAUUUUGUACGGCUUUGCUUCUUGAUCUGAUUGAAGAUAGUGUCUUUCAAACAUAUUUCCAUUUGAAAUGGUGUGUCGAUUACUGUAAUGAUUCGGAGACGAAGCAACAUAUCGAAACUAUUUUUAUCGAAGAAUUUCUGAAAAAGUCGCUUGAAAACUUAUUUCAUCGUCUUCAACUAAUCAAUUCUCAAUUGCUAGAAAACAUCGCUUUGAUGCAUGUUCUAAAGAAAUACACGACAGAGAAUCUACUUCAAGAACUGAACUCCACUGAAUAUCAGCCAUCACCACCCAUCGGUUAUAAUCCGUGCGUUUGGUUUUCUACUAAUAUUCUAAUCAAAACUAUUUGUUUACUGACAAACGAUCUAUUUGAUCAAAUGAGUGAUGAUUAUUUAGCUGAUUAUACAAAAUUCGAAUAUCUAUUAGUAUCCUACUUUCAUAAAAUCGAUAUUAUCCAUGAUCUAGGAGAUUUUAUUGAGAAGAAUGUUUCUCAAGCACUUCCGGAUACCAGAUGUCUUUUACAUGUUAUCGAUUUGAACCAAGCACCAAAAUUCUUUUCUGAUCAUGCAUUCAAACGAUUUCAUCUUGGAAACGAAGAACAACUGAAUGGUAACAUUGAAGCUUUGAAAGAUCUCGUUUUACUUGAUAUUCCGAAACGUAAUAUUAAAUCAGUCGAGAAAUCUUACAUACCACUGAGUGUUAACGAUUUAAUAGAACGUCGACAUCUUCGUGUAUUAAAUCCAUCACCCUGGAUCUUAGCUCAAUAUAAACGACGUUGGAAUGCACAGAAAUCGCCUACUGGUAAAGACAAUGUACAAGAAGAUUCGUAUCAAUUCAAUGAAGAUGACAAAACUGCAAAAAUGAACAAUCUUCCCGUGGAAGUACGAAUGAUGCUAGUCGACAUGAUAAAAAAGUACGGGACUGUCGAAAACAGCGUUGCGACGCAAAGUACACACGAUUACUAUGAUGGAUUAUCGGAAGAAGAUGUUGCUCGACUGGUUCAAGAUGCUGUUGAAGCAGUCGAAAAAUUUGAUCGAGAGAACAAUAUUGGCGAACGAAAAUUACAAAAUAAGAAAACAAUCAAUGAUCGCUUGACUGAAUUUUUCAAAUACAGCGGCCAACGUGGAGUCCGCCUUCUGGAUGAUGUACUAAAAAUUGCCAAACUACGCUCGAAUGAUCCGAAGAAGUACAUACCACUUGCCGUGAGCAUACUAAAAGGUCGCUUGAACCAGCAUGGUUCGUCACAAAAAUCAAAGCAAACAAUUCGUUUUAUACACACGCUAGAAACGCUGCUAACAGCAGCAGACGGUGACCCAGAAAUGAUGACGAGAAUAGUCAGAAAGAAAACGGAAGAAAAGAAAUCUUUGAAAUCCGAAGAAAUACUGUCAACAAAUAUGAUGGAUCAGCAACGGCAAACUAUGCCAAUAAUCAAUGAAACAAUGGAAUCAAAGCAUCUGUUGCAAGAAUCAGUAGACGAUCCUAACAGAGAUCAUUCCGUAGAAAUGGGCCUCAGUAUAGCUCAACUAGUUGUUCUUGCGACUCUACCAGGUCGAAUGCCACUGAAAUUGACAAGUUUUCAACUUGAACAAAUAUGUCUGAAACAAAAUCUAACUAUGGACGCACCUGGUCUAUACCUAGAGAGAUUGAUGAGAACAAUAGAAAUACCAGAACGUUUUCAGUUGACCGAAGAGCAGUUGGUACAAAUUGCAAUCGAAGAUAGCAUUCAAUUUACUGAUGACAAUUUCAACGAAGCAUCAUAUGAGAAUAUUCUCUUGACGGAGAAUCAAAUUCAGUGUUUGAUCUAUCAAAAUGACCUGGUAAAUACAUCAACAAAUAGAGAGUUACGAUUACCACUCGUGUUAAAUCUUCACCAAUUGAUUGAAUUAUGCAGCCUACAGAAAAUCGAACUAGAUCUUAAACAUAAACCGUUUUUACCAACGUUAUCACCAGUAUCACUCAAUGAUCCAAAAUUAAAAUUCUGUCUCUCACCAGUGCAAUUGACACAUUUAAUCAAUAAGAAUCAUUUGAAUAUGGAACAGUUAUCAAUCAUAGAACGAAAUAUGAAGAAAGAACAGCAGACGCAAUCUCGACAGUUUCGUUUGAAUGAACCACAACUAGCCUAUUUAUUUCACAAUCGUCGUGUUAGUCAGAAUCGGACAACUGAUGGACUUUCCGCCAGUCAGUUCAUAGCCUUGUACUUAUUGAACCAAUCUUCUCUGACACUUAUGCAUCAGCAAAUCGAACAAUUAGCUCGAAUGCAAAACAUGUCAUUGGAUCAUCUUCGAACAUUGUCGCCGUCUGAAAAACUUCUACAAUUGUCGUAUUAUCAAUUACUGCAAAUUACAUUAGAAAAUCAAAUAACUCCAACACAAAUUCUAUCACAUCAAAAUAUCGAAAAAACAAAGGUAUUAACUAUUGCACAACUUUGUAGUUUAAUUAGUCAACACGAUCAACUGAUAUCAUUGCAAAACGUCAUCAAUCACACUCUACCACGUAUUUAUUUGAAUGCUCAUCAAGUGUUCUCUCUUAUUCAGCAAGCUAAUAUCUCGCUUGAUCAGUUAACGAUCUGCUCAACGGACCUUAGUGAUACGACAGAUUUGCGUUUCGAGCCAGAACAACUUGUUACAUUAUGGCAGGGCAGUAACAUUUCAUUCGAUGAACUUGAAUACACCGAAUCUUUGUCCGAUAUACGUUCUCAAUUUAUUCUCACUGAUGAACAAUUCAGUAUUCUGCUUAGUUCAACUACUACACUUCGUCUAUCCGCUGAAGUGAAUGAGUCUGUUAGCAACAUACCCGCUGUGCGAAAUCGGCUAUCUAUUUCAUUUCAUAAUGAACUAGCAACAAUGUAUGCACGACUGCAAUCAAGCUUAGAAGCUCAAACUGCUGCAGUGAAGGUUGUGUCAGAUUCAUUAGUAAAGCACAACCAGCUUGAGAAUAUACUCAAUCUUAUUAAUGAAGUUAGUUUACGUUCCAUCGAUAGUAUAUCAACUAAAACAGAAACUAUUCCGUCGUUUAUACUUGAUCUACUCAAACUGAAUACGGUAACAGAAGAUACAUACCAAACAAUCAAGCACGAGGCAACGGCUGCAGAUACAGUUGAUGAUUCAAAUAAAGCGAUUAUUGAAAGUAUACAAGUACACCAACUCACGCUUCCGCAAAUUCAGAAACUCCAAAGGCAUCUACUUACACCAAAAUUGAUUGAUGCAUUACGCUUUGGUCACCUCUCCGAACGUAUUCUUGAUGCAUAUAAAAGUCAAUCUCCACUACAAAUGAUUAAAAACGUUCAAACGAUAGCAGGACAACUGAAGACUUUAUCUUAUUACCGAGCACCAUCGAUUUCACAACUCGAUAGUUCCCUAAGAUCCAUCGAACGCCAGGCUACAAGUGAGAAUACUAUUUCAAAUGGCAAUGUGCAACCGGAAAGCAAUGUUACGGUAGAUCAAACUAAACAGUCAGAUCCAAUAGCUCUUUAUCCUGAAUCAAUAGUAGAUCGACAACAGAUUUUACAGGAGCUCAGCGAGCGUCUCAAGACUCAGUUACUGGAGCUCAAGAAAGAAUAUGGAUUAGAGCCUACAAAAGGCAACUCGUCAAUAUGUGAUAUUAUUAAUGAACUUCAAACCAAACCAGUAGCAGAAGAUAUCAAACGCUUACUUGGUCGACCAAUUGAUGAAGUCGAUGUGCUUAACGUUUUCAACGGGCAUUCGAACAACUUAUUUGAUCAAUCAUUCGCAGACAUUAAUAAGACAAAACAAUUGAUCGAAGACAAUAUACAACAUAGACUCAGUAGAAUCAAUGAACGGAUUCAAAUGUUACAUCUUUGGCAACAGCAUAUCGAAAAUAAUAGAUUGAAUCGUCCAAUGAAUUUAGAAGAAUAUACAGCUAUUGUCUUCGAAAACAUCCCACAAUUUGAGCAGCUGACAAACCUUCAGUUAACAGUGAAUGACUUCCGCGUCAUAUUCAUGAAUCGUUUCGCAUCGCUCGAGCGCGUGAUGGCUCGUCCUCUAACUGAACUAGAAUACCGACAGCUAUUUCAGGCAAAUUCAUGCAUCGAAUAUUUCGAAAAAGAGCUGUUUCAUCGUUCUCUGACCAACGAUGAAUAUACAGAACAGGAAGAUUUAAUGUUUCUACCUUAUCGUGGCAUUCUUUCUAUUUCUUCGAAAAACGUUUGGGAAAGUUUGAAACAGCAAAAUAUAAACCCGAGCUAUGAACAAUUAGAAGAAGUACUAAGAAAACGGGCCGAGCUAAUCGAUCAAUAUGAAAUCAUGCAUUUGAUUACUCCGUCGAUAAAAGUUAUCGAAGACCAACUCGGUCGUCCGCUAACUCUUGAUGAAAAGAAACGUUUAGUCCAUAAUGAUUAUUCAAUUAUCCAGAAGAUAAGAGAAUUCCAAAGUUCGAUCGAAGAAUCUUCUCCGAUAACUACGCCAGUUCUUUACCUGGCACAGAAUACACAGAAAACAAGUUUCGUUGAAAAUCUUGAACGACUACAAACAGAUCUGGCUCACUCAUUAACAAAAGAAGAGAUAGAAAUGCUUGUAAAUGGCGAUGUUGUUGAACUGGAAAAGAAACUUGAAAAAUCAAUACCAAGAGAAACAAUAAAAUCAUUGUAUGACGAUCGAUUUGUCACUCUUACUAGCGAAUUGCAACGACACUUAACAGAAAACGAAAUUCGUGAUAUCCUCAUUGGUCAUUUCAGUGAUAUUGAGCAAGAACUCGGCAGACAACUGACUCCUGCUGAGCGACAGGCAUAUAAAGCAUCUGGGCCACCACGAUCUACUCUUACUGAUGGCCAGUUGACCCAUGCAGCAACUGAUGAUUUCGAGAAUAAUCUAACACCAACACAAGAUCAGGAAAAUGAACUGAGGAAGAAUCUGGUGUUGAAUUCAAAAGGAAGCGAUCGACUACAUACAUUGGACUCUGAAGAUAAUUUUUCAAUUUUUGGUUUCAUAUCAACACAGCCUACUACAUAUUCUUCGACUGAAAUCGAAUCUAACUUAACAUUUGAAGAAUUAACUAAACGAGCAGGUGAUCGUUAUGGUGAACUCACUGCAAUUCUUCAACGAUCUUUAACACAAGAAGAAUUGAACGACCUCUUGUUCGGAAAAUAUGGCCGGAUCAGCGAAACAAUCAACAACAUAUUAGAUAAGCAAAAAGAGGAAGAAUUGAGACAACUAUCAAUCAAACGUUUACAAUUCUUUGAACAUAUUCUUCAUCGCCAACUAUCUCGUGACGAAUUGCUUCGCUUUGCUGAAGAUCGUUUUCAAUUAGUGUUAAGAUUAUUCACUGGCCGUAUUGAAUCAGAACAUAUUCGAGAUUUAGCUUCUGGUCAUUAUGAUAAAAUUGAGCCAAUUCUCGAACAUUCUCUGACAUUGGAAGAAAAGUAUCAUCUGCAAAGGAAUAUCUUACAGGCUCAUGUGAAAUACGCUAAUGUUCUCGAUGAGCUUGAAUAUAUCCUCCAACGGAAAUUAAAUGAGCAAGAGUUAAUCACGUUACUUGAUGCUCAAUAUAAAACAAUCGAAAAGAGAUUCGAUACGUUAUUAACAGACGAACAAAUGCGAAAUAUUUUAUCUGGCGAAUAUGAUAGUUCACUAGCAGAAUUCGAAGAUGUUUUAAAGCGUUGGAGAAUACAAUAUGAUGAUAAUUAUAAACGAACACGAAGGAUUACUGCUCGAUUGAUUGAACAAUUGGAUCAGCGUCGAUUAGAUGCAUCUAAGCCAGUCACAUCCACGCAACAAAAAGUACUAGAUAUUGAAAACAUAGAUCAAACAUCUGCUGAUUUGCCAAAAAAUCGAGAGAAAUCAUUAUCACAGUCAGAUAUUUCUGUGGAUCAAAUUGAACGAGAGAAAGCAUUUGAAACACCAGUACGUGUUGUUGAACAUGUCGCUGAUAAAGAGCAUAUCGAAGAUAUAUCGACAAUCACCGAUGCAAUCAACAAAUUUCGCGAACGAUCUGCAAAGAAAGAUGAAAAAUUCAUCAACAAUCAAACAACACUAGCUUGGCUAUCCGAUUUGACGAAUGAACUAGCAUCUCUACAGCAGCCAGUAAUGAAAUCAAAUGAUAACAAAUUAAGCAUCGCUCAACAACGCACAGUACAUUCUCAUACUGAUGAAGAUCUUUACUUAGGUUGGACAUUAUUCAAAAGUGCAUCUUAUCCCGAGUUAGGACUACGAGAAGAAAGACCGUUGAUGAUUAAUGUAAAGCACAAAGCACAAACAUAUGUGGUUGGCAUUCCUGAACAAUACGCCGAUGAUCAAUCACAAAUCAUAGCAAAUCGAAUCUAUCGAGGUGAGUCAAUUUUCGAUCGAUUACCUACUCCUCGUAUAAUCAAAACGAUGGGCGAAUUCGUUUCUCAGUUGUUUCACAUACCAAUAAUUAACGAUGCUACUCAUUUUAUCGUUCCAUCGCGUGCUUACGAAGAUAUAAUAGAACCACUGAUUACCUACGAGUCGGAAAUUGUUAAUAUGGAAAAUGAUCAAACACAGAUGUGUGAUUCGCCCGAAACACUCGAAUGGUAUGAAGAAUGUAUUCAAAGAAAUGUUCAAGUACAUGCCCAAAUCCCAAGUGGUUAUCAACCAUCGAUUGUUUAUUGUCACACGGGUCGUCGAAUAGUUCUAACACCAGCGAAACGUGCUGAAUAUCGAAAUAUGUCAUUUGCUGAUCAAUCGGAAUCGAUAGUUCCGGAUGCGGAUCAGGCGACGUUUGAACAUGAUUUUCUCGAACCAUUCGAUCAACCUACAUUUGAUAAUCAAUCAGCAGACUCCUCAUCAACUACACAAACAGUUACUGAACUAAUCAUGAAUACGAUGGCAAGUUCACAGAAGACGAACUUACUCGAAGCAUUAGAUGAGUUGUUUUCUCAAGAAAAUCUCGACAAACAUCCAAUGAGUAAGACUCAUUGGCAAGAGAUCUUUCUCAUCGUACUCAACUCUUAUUUACAUUCGAACUUAUCGAAUCGAAAGGACAUUUUCAAACGGCUGAGUGACAAACUACAUGAGUUACGACGAAAAGAGCGUCAACGCUCGUCUGGAUUAUAUCCCAGUAUUUCGAUUGCAUCACCAUCAGCAGUACCGACAACAACCGAACUAAAUGAUACUGAUAUGGAGGAACAUGAGCAACAGAGUUUUCAUUUCGGUUUACGUUCAUCAUUCAAUAGUAUGCACAGUAACCAUAGUCCAAAUGACUCGGAGGUAAGCGGUACACCAAUAACAUCCGAACAACCAAGUGUGACAAGUCAUGAUACUCUUCCUCUGCUAUCCAAUCAUGCAUCUUCAAUACGGUCAUUCUCACAAAAUCAAUCCACUGGAGUCCUUUUGCAUAAAAUAAGUGUUCAUUGUCAAACAAGCUCAACUAGGAUCUCAUCCAAAUCGGUUAGACACUUAACUAAUUCACUAGUUGAUGAUAAACAACCACGUCCGGUUGAACGUCGCCGGUACAAAAUUACCGUCGUUCACACUGACGAAUCGAUAUCGUCGUCGGCAAAUCAACCUAAGCCGGUGGCGAAACCUAUCAAAUUACCUCCAAUAUCACCUAAAAACAAAUCUUCUGACAAAAAACGAGCAAGAUCAAUUUUCUUCAACACAUCUCACCGACAAUCACUACCAUUAGUAUCAAUUCCGAAACAAACUCGAACAAAUUCUAGCAUUGAAAAAGAGUUUAUAUCGCGAUUUGUUUGA